UCUAUUAUUUCUCCUCCCCACCCUAUCGGAAUUUUCACAUCCGCCAUGGGAACCGCCAGGCACAAAUAUUUUCCGGCGCCGUGGAAUGUGCAAGCUAAGCCCUGCGACUUCUGCGCCACCGCAGCUGCGGUGGUCUUCUGCCGUGACCACGCGGUGUUCACGUGCAUCACGUGCGACGGAAGAGCACACGCCGCCGCGGAGGACGAGAAACACGGACGUGUUUGGAUGUGCGAAGUCUGCGAGCAAGCGCCGGCCGCCGUCACCUGCAAGGCUGACGACGCCGCGCUCUGCGCCGCCUGUGAUCGCGACAUCCACUCGGCGAACCCCCUCGCCGGCCGCCACGACCGCCUCCCGGUGGUGCCGUUCUUCGACACCGCCGCCAUCCUCGUUCCGGCGGUGGAUAACAUCUACCCCGACUCCACCCCGCCGAGCGACGCCGGCCGGAAAGUCGACUUCUUCUCCGAUCUCCCGCCAAAAUUCCCGCCGGCGGAUAAUCCGGAGAUGAAAUCAGUGGAAUUUUUGUUUUCCGACUCCGAGCAGUUCUUCGAUUUCGACAAUAAUUACCAAAUCUGCUCGCAGCCGUACAGCGACAGCGUCGUCCCUGUCCAACCCGCCGGAAAACCGCCAUUACAGGAGCUUACAGUGCCCAAUCCGCCGCCGGAAAACCUAUUCGAGCUCGAUUUCAGUAAACCAAGCAUCACCAGCUACAACAAAAGCAGCUACACCGUUCCAUCUCUCAGCCACAACCUUUCCUCGUCGUCCAUGGAGGUCGCCGUGGUGCCCGACGGCAGCGGCAUGUCGGAAAUAUCUUAUCCAUUUUUUAAAUCUAUAAGCACCGACGGGCAAGGAUUGCCGGCCAUGGCCGCCGAUCGAGAAGCUAGGGUUUUGAGGUACAAAGAGAAGCGGAAGAACAGGAAGUUCGAGAAGACGAUACGGUACGCUUCCCGGAAGGCGUACGCGGAAACCCGGCCGAGGAUCAAAGGCCGGUUCGCGAAGAGAACCGACCCUGACCCGGAUGUCGACCGGGUUCUCGGCUACGGUGCCCGAUACGGCGUCGUUCCGAUGUUUUGAUGGAACUCGCCGCCGCUAUUUGAAAGUGCCCACUGAAUAAACCCCCGGCCGAACCUAAUACUCUGCAAAUCAGGUCCGACGAAAAAGUCACACCAGACGAACCAUGUGUGACAGGUGACCUGAGUUGUCGGAGUUUUUUUAAAUGGAUUAUAGCUCAACUGCAAUUUAAAUGGACUUUCUUUGUUUAAUUAAUUUUUACUUUACUUAAAAAAUAAAAAAAUAUAUAUGUAUAUUAUUUCUAAAUUUUUUUAUAGUUGUUUAUAAUUCAAAAAAAUAGUUAAAUAUUUCUGUAGUAUUUAAUCCAUUGGACCAGCUAAGUGGAUCUAAAUCUGGUUGUUGAUUGGUGUACAUUUUUUAUUUUAUUUCAACUUUAUUUGGUAGGCACAAGGGAGUGUUCGGUGCA